AUGCGGCUGCUGCAUCCUCUGCUCCUUCCACCUCUUCUUCUAAUCAACCCUCUUCGCGGCAACAACAACUCUCUGGGCAACUACAACAACAGCAGCAGCCUCGGCAUCAACACCAUGCCUCAAUAUCAUCAACAGCCUCGUCUGAUCAGUUUGCAGAACAUGGACCCUCAAAUCGCGCACGGUCAAGGUCUCCACCCUCAGCAACACCACCAGCAACAUCAACAGCAACAGCAACAGCAGAUGCAGAUGCAGCAACAACAGAUGCAGCAGCAGCAGCAGACUGGUCCACCGCCAGUGACAAGAGUCUUGGCACCAGGACAAGGACAUCAUGAGAGCAUGGAGCGGAUAGACCCACGGCAGCAACAACAGCAACAACAAGCCUUACACUCGAACCCGCCCCAGUCGCACCAUGUCCGGCAACUGUCGCGGGAACAGUUGCAAAUGCGACCGCAGAGUCCGUUGAAUGACUAUCCGCUGCGCGAGUCAGAACAUCGUCAGGUGCACACCAUCAUCGCCCAGACGAGCGACAGCUUCAAUAUAGGGGGGAGCCAGUCGCACAUUCAGUGCCAGUACCAGUACCAGGACCAGUACCUGUCGAGAUCGAGAGACCACAACCAGGACAGGAGCACUACCGCAGACAGGACCACCAGCAGUCGUCGCCGCCCGAAAGGAUGCCUUAUGACGACAGUCGACCCCCUGUUCCUUCAGACCAGCCUCAUCAUCAUCAGCAUCCUUCUCGGUCAAUGCAGCCCUCACCUGGACACCCUGUGCCAUACCAAGGAGGCCCCCCCCCAGACCCACGGUUUCAACAUCACCGUCAUCCCUCUGGUGCCCUUAUGCGAGAAGGUCAACCCACACCGGAAGAGAGUCGAGGACGCGAUGCAGACACCAAUCGCUCAGCGCCCUGCCAGUGCAACGGAGAAUGACCAUCGAGUAGCACCACACGAUCCUCGCUACCUGCCUCCAGGACCAACACAACACAACUCUGCAUUUAUCGGGCAUGAGCGUCGUGAGUCAUACCCACAACACCCACAGGAUGCUCCCCCGAUGCAGCCCGUCGCUGUGCACCCAGGGACUGAUGAGAGGCAUCCGCAGCACUCGUCACACAUGCACCGCGGAUCCCUGGAUGCUGCCUACAACCCCGUGCGUCAUCCUCAGCAGGAGCCCUACCCGAUACAGCCUGCUCAUCCGCAACAUGACCCUCGUGGUACAGGAGUUGUAGGACAGCCUCCUCGCCAUGUCCCGCCUUACCCUGUACAUUCGCCCGAGGGACGUCGUCAGACUGCUAAUGAAAGCAUGGCUUUUCACCAUCAGAACCCGCCGCACCAACAGCAGCAGCUUCACCAGCAUCAGCAGUCGCAAUACCAGCAUCAGCAACCGCCUCAGCCACAGCACAAGCAGCCUCACCAGUACUAUGCCCAGCACCAAAACCAGCAAGACUACGAGCAACAACCAGUGCCCCAAGAGCCUGAAGGUCACCACUCGGGAAGGAGUUCAUUCUCAUACCAGGCACCACCACCACCACCACCUCCUUCAUCGCAGGCCUGGCAGGCAAGGGAUACAGAACCUUUGGAUGAACAUGGAAGACCCAUCGAUCCCCGGUAUCCCAGGCCAGACUCUGAAAUGCGUCUCGGAGUUCACGGUCAUAGGAGUGCAGCGGAGCCGAUUGAACAUCCUCCACCCGAGCGAGUGAUACCCGGGCGCGAACCACCAUCGGCCAUGGCACAACCACCAUUUCCUCCCAACGGCCUGUCACAAUUUCCUGCGGGACCGGAGUCGCUUCGUAGCGGCAUGGUGUCACCCCGAGACGGAGCCUUCAACGAGACACCUACUGGUUCCACGCGGUCUCUUUCACCAGAGUCAGCUCAAAUGGGUCGAAAGCGUGGAAGGCGUCCAAAGUCGAAGCUCGAUGUCGACAUUGCAGGCCCUAUUCCCGUAGCGAACUCUCCGAGCCCUCUUGUGCCAAGACCUGGUCUCGAGAUUGCCCCAGAACAACAGAGAAAGCGGGGGCGGAAGUCAAAGGCAGAACCGGAAGUUCCUCAGCGGAAUUGGAAUGUUAGCGCACAUGAUCCGCAUCGACAAGCCUUUGGUCAUGCGGAUUCUGUAAUGGACAAUACGAACCAGGACCCCACAGGCGACGACAACCAGCUCAAGUCAAAGAAUGGCCAUCGCAUGGAGAUAGAUCAUGGACAGCCGAUCAGCGGGCAUCAUGAGCGACUUGGCCAGGAUGUUACCCCUCAGGACAAGCGUUAUUUGGAGGAUGAUGCAGGGCGACGAUCUGACCCACGGUUCGAACGCCAGCACCCGCCAUUUGAUGAUAUGUCGAAUCGCCCAUCUGGGAAUUUUACUCCAGGAUCUGUGGAGGAGUUUGAGCACAUUCAGAGACUUCGGCAGCAGCAGGAGCAGCGGCCACCAGAACAGUACUUGCAGCACCCACAGCUUCCUGAUCAGCAUCGACAACAGUACUCGCAUCCACAAACUCCAGCGUCCCCUACGCGGUAUGAAAAAGGCCAAGUUCACGCUCACAGUCUCGAAGCGCGUUCUGGACAUGGAUCAAUUGAGGCUCAGCCACUAGGACCUGCAGGAAAGGAACCAGAAACUGUGCAGCUUCUUGAGGCAGACGUGGCGAAUGCUCUUGUCAACAUCCAGCACGAGAACAGAUUUCAGUCACCUGACGGCGCAUCCUACUCCGAAAGUGAUCCCAACAAACGUCUUCGCCUCGAGUCUCCCGGUCACCCCAUUGACCCUCAUGCAGGACACGUCCACCAUCGGCCCAAUCCACCGCAGGCUGAUCCACAGGCGGGCCCAGCUCCAGUUCUUGAACCUGUCGCUAUUGGUCGCCGCGAUCUGGCACAGGAUGAGCAGGACACUGCCAUCAUCUUGCAGAGUAUGAUGAACAACCGCCAGGCCAUGGAGCAAGGUGAAUCAUCCCUUCUGCAUCAAGGACAGGCAUCCCAAGAGUCCCAACACCCACACUUUGCUAAUGGAUACCCACCUCGGCCAGCUUCACCACGGGCCCGAGGAGCGUCUCAACACGGCGAUCCACUGCAGCAUCAGGCUCGUCAUUCACAGCAUGGUGAUUACCCGCCUGUUGACCCACAUCCGUAUGGCCUUCGACUGCAGGACCCACAAAUGCAGUCGCCUCAUUCGCCUUAUGGGCACGGCCAAGCAUACCCAUCAUCCGACCCAACCCCACAUGAUCCUCUUCAUGUCCCAGUGAGCGACGACCAUGCUGCCCAUCAGCAGCAUUCAUCAAUUGGUGGCGCCCCUCAGCCCAUGCAUCCGUCGCAACGUGGCCCAGAAACGUCCCAUGAGCAUGGCGGAGAACAUAAUGGAGUUUAUCAUCCCUCGGCUUCCUAUCCUACUGACCCCGUAGAGAGGGAUGCCUCAGGAGGACCACGACGGUCUUCCAACAACAAUACUCCAUAUGCUCCUAGUACAUCGCAGCCGAAGGACCAAUGGCGCGUUGGAUCUCCUCCCCGUGGCAGAAACGAUGUAAUUGAGCCUAGCUACAAUGGCCAUCCCAUGGAUCAACAACCUCCUCCCCAGCACCAUACCCAGCCUCCUCAGGGACACUGGCCUGUUGAUCGCCCCGACAACCGUGGACCACUUCCUCCUUCCCACUCCUAUGGAGGAGAUACCAAUGCCGCACCUGGCAGCCAAGAGUUGGCUGCAGCCGCGAGCGUACUUGCUACCCCAGUCAAGACCAAGGCGCGAAGAAAGGCUAAAUCUGGCGGGAUGAUGUCUCCAGAAACCGCUGAGCGGCCCGACGUUGUCAUGUCCGAGUCAAGGCCUCCUGCAAAUGAGCGCGACUAUGAUCCUCGAGCACAGCAGCAAUACCCACCGUCCCAGGAGCACGGAAUGCCUCUUCACCCGCCUCAACCCACCGGACAGUCAAAGUUGCAACAAUCUGAUACCCCGCUUCAUUUUGGUCAGGAGGCGAAACUUGACACUGGAGCGCCUUACAAGGUAGAGCCAAGCGGAGGAAGCAAACCACAGACGGCAGAAUCAAAGCCGACCUCAGCAUCAGGAAAGCGUCUCGCGACCCCGAGUGAAGGUGUCUACGGACCAUCUCAAACUACAGUCAAUCAAGUCGUACCACCUCCCGAACGGCCAGUUCCCAACAGCCUUCUCUUUGGAUCUGGCAUGAUCUUGGUUAAAAAACUGCAUGAUGCCUCAGGUUACGGUACUUCCUCGGGCUCGGAGGGGUCGACCAAGUUCCCGCCGUCGCAACUCUCGAUCAAGACUGGGUAUGAUCUAAGCAAGGCUGCCGGCCCCGCCUCAUCUACAUUUUCGCCAUCGACGCCUCUUUCUGCAGUUGCUACUGCCCUUGCUGUGAAGAAGAAGCGCUCCAAGCUGAUCGACAUCAAGGAUGAAGUGAUUUUUACCUCGCCAGGGGCUGGAUAUGGCAAGAACGAUCCUCUGCCCCCACCCCCUCCUCCUACCAAGGGUAAGGGUGGCAACCGCGGUCGAAAGGGUCUGGUCUUGGUCGGAAGUUCGGAUGCGGAUAUUGAACGAAGCAACCAGAUUACUCGAUCAGGAGGAGGAGGUCCAGCUUGGCUGAGGAUGGGGACGAACGCCGCGUCGAGCUCAUUAAAUGGAACAAUUGGUGCAGGAGCAGGAGCUUCCUCGACAAGCGCCUCCGCCACCGCGUUUCUCGCUGCUGAUGGCCCAGCUUCUGCCACAAGCGCUUCGAGUGCCGCUGAUGGGCCAGGAAUCCGUCGCAGGGCACCCCUGUCGCCGUCAACGCUCUUGAUAGAGAAUGACAAGCGCAAGCCAAAACGGAUCAAGAUCGACGACAAGGAUGUUCGCCAGGUUCAGCGGACUUCCUCGACUCUCACCGACGCCACCGAUUCUGACAGAAAGGACAACAUCUCCAGCACAAGAAAGUCGGCCGAGGAUGAUGAAGUUGACAGCAACGCCGAGGGCGCUGGAGGCGAUUGCUGUUCGAGUGGUAUGGGUUCUCAGAGGAGACGUUUGCCGGAGGAAGACGACGAAGAUUUAGGAGAGGAAGAGGUCAGCAGAGGAACCGCAGGGAACGGUGCUCAUGGACGGCGCCAGAGCCAAGGCCAGAGUCAAAGCCAGAGCCAGCCCCAGAGUCAGGACCAAGGAAGUCAGGGUCCCAGUCAGGCCGCUGCAGGAAGCAAGUCCAUGAAGCGCAAGUCGAACGCGAGCCUUGCUGGUACCCAGCUCAGCAAAAAGGCCAAGGAGAAAGCCAAGGCUGUCGAUUCUGAUGUGGAGCCACCAGUGAAGUCCAAUGGCAAAACUGAAUCUCCUCUGCCCAUGGGACGUUCGGUUGUGAUGGGAAUCCCACUGAAGAGAAGUCUGUCCAUGGGUGGUUCAGGAGCCGCAACACCUUCAGGAGACACGGAUGCAGAGUCUGACCUGGCGAUGGAGGACGAUAUCAAGUGUCCACAUAUCUUUGGACUUGACUCGGAGUCUGAGCACGAAAUUGAGGAAGGACCUGAUGAUGAUGCGGGCAAUGAAGACGAUGAUGAUGGCAAGAGUGCAGUGUCGACCCCCGGCAAGGCCAACGGCUCAUCUGACCAGGCAGGAAGCAGCAGUAGUAGCAGCAGCAAGGUGGAAGUUCUUGAUCCUUCAGAUCCUAUUCAAGUGCAAGGACUGAAGUGGGUUAAGACCCUGGGCAUGUCCGAAAAAGCCUGGGAGGAGACAUUCAGGACUUAUGAGAGAGUCAAGAGACUCAAGGAGCUCAAGAACCGACAGCCUGUCCGGAAGCGAGACGCCAUCUUGGCAGCGAUCCUUUACAUUGUCUGCCGUGACGAGGGAUCUCCUCGCACGUUUUCAGAGAUCUGUACAGCCUCAGGAGUGAGGAGGGGCGAUAUCGGUGCCUACUACCGGUUGAUGCUUAAAGUCCUCAAGCCCUCCAAGGCCUUCACUGCCAGCGCCCGAGACACCGAUGCCGAAGCCUUCAUGACGCGUUGGUGCGAGUCCCUUUCUUUACCACCCCAAGUCCGACAGGCCGCAAUCCAUGUCUUCAGCCUCGCUAACACAUUGAACCUGACAUCUGGUAAAUGUCCUUCGUCCGUUGGAGCAGCAGCGAUCUACCUGUGCAUCUUUUCAUGGAACAAUGCUCGUCGUCUGGCACGGUGCAAGCGGUACCAGUGUCCUGGCUGCCAGGGUCUGGUCUCGACUGAGCAUCCGGGCGCCGAUCAAGACGAAGGAUGGAUCCGGAAGGAGCAGAAGGAUGUUGCGGUUGCUGUUGGUGUUGUCAGCGCCACAUUGAUGGGCUGUUUCCGGAAUCUGGCCCCUGAAUCGGAUCGCUUGGUGCCUGCUGACUUUUUGCGUGCUGCUGAGGAAGGUGUUUGA